AGCUUUACAGGCUUCACCAUUCAAAGCAAUCAGCCUCUCCAGAUUGAAUGGUCUCCUUCAGAGACCAGACCACAACCAUCUCCUCUUUUAACGUUCUUGCAAAAAAGUUUCCCCCUCCUCUGAAACUUAGUCAUCUUGUCGCCUUCUUUUCUCUUCCCCCAAGCUUGCCCUUGAGAAAGCAAACCACCCCCCCCUUCCUAUACAACACCCCUUCCAAAACAAAAAGAGAAUAAGGAAAUUAGACCCCUGUUUCGGUCAGGAUGCGGUCUGUUUUUGCAGGUCGCGCUUUCCUUUACUGCACGCUGCUGUUUCUGGUUUCAGGGAACACGGUGGAUAUCAAUGUGGUAGUGCUGCUGCCCGUGGAGAGCUCCUACCUGUUCUCCAUGAACAAGAUCAGGCCGGCUAUCGACUACGCCAUCCAGAACCUGGCGGAGAGCCGGCUGAACUUCAGCGUGCGCUACCUGGACUCGGAAUGUGGCAACAAGGCGCUCUUUCACUUGGUGGACAUCAGCAUGCUUCAGAAACCUGAUGUGAUCAUGGGGCCAGUGUGUGACUACGCCGCUGCUCCGGUCGCCAGGCUGGCGUCCCACUGGAACAUCCCCAUGGUAUCGGCCGGCCCUUUAGCCACAGGCUUCGUGCACAAAGUGCCCGAGUAUUCCUACCUGACGCGGGUCUCCCCGUCCUACUCCAAGAUGGGAGAGAUGUUCUUGGCCAUGUUCCGGCGCUACAGGUGGAAGAGGGUGGCACUGGUGUACGCUGAAGAUUUUGAGGAGAGGACCUGCUUCUUCACAAUAGAGGGAGUCCACGUCGCCUUUGUCGGGGAAGGCUACGAGAUGCAUUCUUUUACAAUCUAUGAUGAGGAGGAUCAUUUCGACCACAUCGUGCAGCAGAUCCAGGAACAUGCCCGGAUUGUGAUUAUGUGUGCGAGUAGUCAGACCAUAAGGAAAAUCAUGCUUGCAGCACAUCGACAGGGAAUGACCACUGGAGACUAUGUAUUCUUCAACAUCGAACUCUUUAACAGCAGCCUAUAUGGAAAUGGCUCAUGGAAACAAGGAGAUAAAUUUGAUCUUGAAGCCAAAGCAGCGUACCAGUCACUUCAGACUGUGACUCUACUGAGGUCAGCAAAGCCAGAGUUUUACAAGUUUGCCGCUGACAUGAAAAAUCGAUCACGUCAUCAGUACAAAUUGACUCCUGAAGAUGACAAUGGUGUGAACAUGUUUGUGGAGGGGUUCCAUGAUGCUGUUGUGCUGUAUGCAAAAGCACUGCAGGAAGUCCUGAAGCAAGGAUACAACAAAACCAAUGGAUCAAAAAUUGUACAGACCAUGUGGAAUACAACCUUUGAAGGCAUAGCAGGCCAGGUAUCAAUUGAUGCCAAUGGGGACAGAUAUGGAGAUUUCUCAGUGAUAGCAAUGACGGAACCUGGAACAGGAAAUCAAGAGGUAAUAGCUGACUACUAUGGUUUGAAUGGAACCUUUGAACUCAGGCCAAAUGUAAGACUUCUUUGGGCAAAUGGAAUGCCACCUCCAGAUGAACCUAGCUGUGGCUUUACGAAGGAACAUUCUGCUACCUGUAAAUCAUGUGGGCUUGGAGAGUCGGCAGUCACUGGCAUUGUAGUCGGCUCAUUGUUGGGAUGUGCAUUGCUGCUGGCAUUUUACUUGUUCAGGAAGAAAUAUCGGAUAACUAUUGAAAGACGUGCACAAUUGCAUGAAGUUGACAAUGGUAAGCAUCACCAUUUGAGAGAAGACUCUGUCCGAUCCAACCUGUCAACAGCUUAAACUGUAAAAUUGAAUCUUCCUUCUUUAUAAACUUGCAACUUUUAGGGAGGUUUACCAAAGGUAUCACUGCAAACAAAAGGCCGAUAAGAAAUGCAUUGUUUUGAAGACAAGGCUAUUAGUGUGUCAUAGUUUUUUUUGUUGCUUUUGAAAACUCAGGAAUAAUUCAUAUAUUACACUGCACCACUGUACUGGAAGCUUCAUCUCAUUGAAGAUGACAAAAUGUGAUUCAGCCUGUUUCAUAGAGGCCAGCGAUGACUUGCACUGGCAACCUAAAAAAAUCUUCAAAAGAAGAUAUUUUGUAGUUGUUUAUCCCAACACAUUAGUGGGAACUCCCCAGUAUCCAUCCUUAAAUUUUACAUAAUAAAUAAAAUUGCUCUUAGAGCCAACAUAUCUUAGCAAAGUUCAUGAAUUCUUAAAUCGUAGUAAAGAUGUAAUUUUUUUAUAGAAACAUUACUAUUAAAGGGUAAAAUUUACCUUUGGAGAUAGUUUUGUGUGAAUGCUCUGUGCAUUUAAAUCAAAUUUCUCUCUUGACUGUAACGACAAAGGUGUUCAUUAUCAAUGAGCCUCUUUUUCCAGUAAAAUAGCAGAAAGCAUAUUUGAGACAAGCGUUAAGGAUUCAUUCAUAAUAUAGGUGAUAGAAAUUACAACUCGUGUACAGUUUACAAAUAUAUUUCAAUGGAUCCGUCUAUGUGAGUUUCCUAUAUUACACAUAAAAAAAUCGCAGUUUCUAGAUUGCAGUUAUUGCAUAUGCCAUUAGAAGGCUCACUGAACUAGGCUGCUGUUUGCUGUGCUAUAGAAGUGAUUAGUUUAUUGGACAUGAUAGCUGACCCUUCAGCAAUGGUUAAUAACAACAAUAACUUGCAUUUAUAUAGUACUCUAAAUGUACAAACUGGCUGAAAGUGCUGUGCCAUAGUUAAUCCAGUAUGUUUAAUUAUUCUGUCAUACUUGUAAACUGUAAACAGUCGCUUAAUCAUUGGCAGCUAAGGAUCAUCUGUUUUACACAAUAAUUGCUGAUUUCAUUUACAAAGGAUUGUAAUCACAACAAUUUUGAAAACUAUGAUGCAGAGUUAGGAAUUAGUUAUACAUCUCACAUUAAACUGUAUGGACUAUAAAAUGAAUAUUGACUUUCAGCAUUCACAAUAAGGAUUAUUUACAUUUGAAUAAUUUGGGAAUACUGUCUUAAAGGGGUAUACAAAAAAUAGGUCAAUAAUUGAUAUUUUUAGACUAUAAUAAGAAAAUAUUAAGCAACUUAUAGUAUUUUCAAUAAUAUGCUAAACAAUAUCUUGUAUAUAUUAAUUAAUUUGAAUACACUUGUACAGUGGUAGGGAAGAUGAAUGUUUCAUGGCCAUUUAAAAAAAGUUUCUUAAAACAUUAUUCAAGUUGAUUUAUUUAGAUGCUGUUGUUCGUACGUUAGUGGGCAGUGAGAAUGUAAACAAGGUCCUGUAAUGACCUUAUCAUGGAUGGCAGAGAAAUUGGUUACCUAUGUUGACAGACACACACAUAUAUAUAUAUAUAUGCCUCAUAUUCACCUCACUAGAUUCUAACCGCUACUUCAAGAUAUAAGCAAGUUGUACCAUAUUAACAAUAUGGUCUGUGUAUAGACAUUUAAUUUCAUAGUACAGUGGUUACAUUUGCUCAAUUUCAUUUAUUAAUUGUUUCUACAAGUAAAUAAUGCUUAUUUGGCCCAGAAAUAUACUCUAAGUGUAAAUACUGUACAUCUGAUAUGUCCUUAGCAUAUGUCUGAUGGAUUUUGUAAUGUAUUAUGCCAUCAGAUAAUGGCUGUGAGUUUAUAAUAUAACUUUCAAACCAAUUGCAAAAACAAACCUGGUUUUUAGUAAAGAAAAGUCAUUAAUCAAAAAAAAGAAGAAAAAAUCUCUUCAUUAAUGUAUAUUGGAAGUAUGUGUGGAGUACUGAAGGUGUAUUCCAAAUUAGAUAUGAUCACUUUCAUCAGACUUUCUUCAAAUGAGAUCAUCGCCACAAAAUGAAAGACCAAUGCACCCGAAUUCGAAGGAAAAAAACAUUUAUAUACUGAAGUAAAGAUUUCACUGGUUUUUCUGUAUUUCUAUCACUUCCAGCAGGUACCACUAAAAGUGUUGUUAGCAACUGAUGAUAUGAAGUGGGCUGCCAAUACUCAGUUAAGAGCUGCUGUUUUUAAAUAUGUAAUUAGAAAUGGAAAGAAUCUGUAUUAAAGUUUAGCAAUUUGAGAAUACUGGAAAAAAAAUGUUGAAUGCUAAUAGGUAUGGAUGUUUGAAGUGCAAAUGCAAGGGUGCCAUACAGUAUAACAGUAAUAUACUGACCUAAGUAGAAAUAUCUGCAUAUAAUGUGAUAUUUAUUUAACAGUUGUGUAGAAUUUAAUAUUCAUAACUGUAGAUAGUUUUUUUUUAAAUUACCAUUGUGUUAUAUAUUCAUUCCAGUUGUGUUGGUCAGUUUUAGAUUGCCUAUACCCUGUAUUGUACCAUUUUGUCUAUUAAACUUAAUAAUGUGUAAAUGUCUUUUUAAGCUGUUUUGUUCUCUGUAAACCAACUUGUGGUAGAUUAUUCACAGAAUAUUAGAGCAAAGCAGAUAUUGGCAAUAAAAUAAUGUAGAAAUGAAAA